AUGGUGUCUCCAAGUAUUCAAAAAUAUAUUGCUGCUUGUUUUGCAAAUCAAAUACUCAAAUCCAUUYGUAAAGAAGUUGGUGAUGAUGUGUUCUCAUUGCUAGUUGAUGAGUCUAGUGACGUUUCUAAGAAGGAACAAAUGGCGGUGGUUUUACAAUAUGUUGAUGUACGUGGUAUUGUUAAGGAGAGAUUUUUUGGUAUUGUUCAUGUGACGGGGACAUCUUCUUCAAUUCUUAAAUCUGCCAUUGAUACUUUAUUUGCUGAACAUGCAUUGAGUUUGAAACGAGUAAAAUGGCAAGGUUAUGAUGGAGCAAGCAAUAUGCGCGGUGAGUUCAAUGGAUUAAAGGCCUUGAUCUUGAAUAAAAAUAGCUCGGCAUAUUAUAUCCAUUGUUUUGCUCUCCAACUUCAAUUAGUUGUUGUAGCGGUUGCAAAUAAACAUGACAGAGUUGAGAACUUUUUUAAUAUGUUAGGAAUGGUGAUCAAUGUGGUGAAUGCUUCUUGCAAGCGUAAAGACAUGUUUCGACAAAGUUACAAAGAUAAAGUGCAAGAAACAAUUGGAAAGUGUGAAAUUGAAACUGGAACAGAGAAAUACCAAGAGCUUUCUCUUAUACAGCCAGAGAUACACGGUGGGGUUCUCAUUACAAAACCAUUUUGA